AUGGAUACCGUAAUAUUAGAUCGGGUUUUGAACACAUUUAAGGCAUAUAUUCAAAGCUCCAACUUCGAUCAUAAAGGAAAAGACGAUAUGAGAGUAAACUACUUUCAUGGUAGCAGCUACAACAACAAUAAUUAUGGUAGUGUGAAAGAUACCUCCAAAGGAUUUGUAAGAUGGCUAUUCGGAGGUGGCUCGCACUUACAAAAUUUAAAUCGAGACGAACAUGAGCUAUCCGAUGACGAUAGAGUUAACGCUGCUGAAAUCGAAAAAUAUAAAUCAAAAAGGGGCAAUAGGCGGCAUACUUGGGUCAACAUCUUAAAUGGUGGCGGUAAAGGAAAACAAGAAAAUCCCAGCGAGUUAGAUUUUGAGAGCGAUUACGAUAACGAAGUUGGUUUAAACAUUCGACUGGAUCAACCAUUACCUUCUAAUGACGACGAUGAAUUUGAUUACGAUUUUGACAUACAUGCGGUAUCAGAAGAUAUAAACGGGGGUGGUGCUAGCUCUGACACUGGAGCGAAUUUUCUUGGUGACAGACUUUCUGAUAACAUGCAUUCAUUGAAACGAAUCGCAAAAUCAACAGAAGAUCUGCGAGAGGCUAGCGCAACAGAAUUUUACAAUGAGUGGGAUGACGGUAGUAUUGACAAUUUUAGGCGACCUAUGAAAAAGAAAAAUAUUACUAUGGAAGCGGAAUUAAAACGAGCAGCUAAAGGACAACCUUCUUUCGACAAGUUUACCAGAUAUCCCAGAGGAAGCAUUGUCCGAGAUGAAGUUGGAUACCACUCAGAUCGAGAUGAUCCGGAGCGAUCUAUGUUGGCCCGUGGUAAAUCAAAAAUACACGCAUCUGCAGCUACUAGUAGUGGUGUCGGUAGAAGAUUGACUAUAUUUAGUAAAUCCAUAAAGUCUGGCAAGACUAGGAAAACAACACAUCAGUUCGUUCCAGGUGGGAAGUAUAUUAUUAAUGCCACCUGUGAAUAUUGCAAGAAGAUUGUUAAAGGGAGCGAAAGUCUGAUGUGUAUAGAUUAUCAAAGAAGGGCGCCAAUUCAAGUGGACAAUAAGAAAUAUGUCGAAUAUAAGAGAAAAUCUGCGCGAUCAGCUAAGACAAAAUCUGGAAAUAGCAAUUCGCCACAAAUAUCACCCACCAAAAAUCCAUACCUUCAGUUGCAGUUUGGUAAUCAAAAUCAGCCAGAAAAUGAUCAAAACGAGUUACAGAUACUUUCAGCAAAGGGAAAACCAUUGCGACAAAGAUCUAAUACAGAAGAUAGCGAUACCACAACGUAUAUACAACCUUUGAAGUCUGCUCAGUCAGAUCAGAAUAUUCAAGAUAAUCCCGACGAAGAGGUUACUUUUCACAUGGUAGAAGAGUCGAGAGAUGAUAGCUAUGAUAUUGAUCCGGACUUGGCAUUAAAGGAAGAAGUUGAAGCGUGGAAUGCAACAGUUAGCAAAACGAUUUUUAUGAGGGGAAUGUUAAAGGAAGCAGGGCUACAAGAGGAGUUAGUAAGAAGAAUGUUCCCUGGAAUUGAAAGAAUGAUUGAAUUAAGUAACAUUUUCGUUGAAAAGCUAACCGAAAGACAGUGUCAAUCAGACGUUGUAAAUAGUCUCGGCGACAUUAUUGUUGAACAUUUUACUAAAAAUGGGGCUGAAAUUGAUGAGAAUUAUGGCAAUUUCUGUAGUUAUCACAUACAAUCACUAGCACUUUAUAAGAUCAAAGCUAAAGAGACAGCUAUCUUUACUUAUUCCUAUCAUCUAUGGAUGAUAACAGAACAUUUUCCCGACUAUGCCUACUUAAAUCAAGCCUUAAUUUUAGUAAAGAGUACAGCAACUAAUGUUGAUGAAAGAAUUCAGCGAUAUAAAAGCAUACAGAGAUUAAAACAAAUUCAGAGUAAGCUGGAUCAAAAAGCAUUAAGUACAAUUCAGGGGACCCCCAUUAAGAAACUAAAUCUGGCUUCAGGACAUUUCAUGCUGCUAUUAGAAGAUAGCUUAAUAGUAAGAGGUGCUCGCGGAAAAUCUAUAGACGUACAAGCACUAUUACUAAACAAUUUGAUCGUACUAUUACAAGAAAAAGAUCAAAAAUUUUAUUUAUUGCCCAUUGAACAAAAGUCUCCUAUAGUUCCUAUUGGCAAAGCUAUGAUACGUGAGAAUGCUGCAGAUGGUUGCAUUGAUGAUCAAUCAGAAAACUCCAGCUUGUUAUCACCGUUUGACCAACUGCUAGAGCAAUCCAAAAUCGUUGACGAACAAAUCAUUAAAUUGAUUGCGGAAAGAGAAAAAGUAUUUCAAGAAAUGUUUAAUGCAUUUACUCCUGAAGAUGAAGAACAAAAGCCUGAUUUACGGCCAAUUGCUAUUAGACGUAGGAAAACGAUGGAUAGUAAAGAUGAAACAGAUAGUUUUAUAAUUGAAAAGUCUGAUUCACAAGAUUCUUCCUCAAUCCCUUCAUCAAUAGCAACUACGCCAUGUAACUUAUCGCCUGCAGCCAGCGAACGGCACCUAUAUAGUGCAGUGACAUUAAGUGAAUGUAUCAACAGAUUAUUGCUAAUUACAAGUCAGAAGGACAACGAAAUUGAAAGUUUAAAAGGAAAGAUUAGCUGCAGUGAUAAUAAGAUCAAAGAUUUAGAUGAGCAGUUAAGGAUGAAAGAUCAAAAAAUAAAAGAAAUGAAUACGACGAUUUCGAAUAAUGUUCAAAAACCAAGCUUAUCCUUACAAGAAGUAAUAAGGAAACAACAAACACAAAUUGUUGAACUACAAAUGGACCAAAAGGAAUGGGAAGAUCAUCAAGCUCUUAUUAGUCGGCAGGAAGAGAAAAUUAAAGAACAACAAGAUAAUAUAAACGAAUGGAAAGAAAAGUACGAGCAACUGCAAGAUGAACUCUCUAAGAAGCCAAUUCGUCCCGUUAUACCAGAAAUAAUCAAGACUGGAAAUGUACCUGAUAAUAAUAAGGUUAUCACUAGGAAACAUUCAGCGCCGUUAAGCUACAAUGCUGUUAAAAGAGCGACUAACUUGAAUACUUCGCGUCGGCAUUCUACUUUUAUUCCGUCACCUUGCUUACCUAGAGCUAAAAUAAUCCCAAAUCAGCCAAUUUCCACAUUAAAUGAUCGAAAUAAUUUAUCAACACAAGGUACGGAAUUCUUGUCUACUUCUUUACCAAAUACUUCUUCAAUUUCUGCAAUAUCUGGGCCUACAGUGGUUGAUAAAGACGUAGAAGAAAAUAGCUCGUUUUCUGAUGACGAAGUAAAUAAAGAGAAUGAUAGUGAAGGGCUGUCAGAUUCGGAAAUGAUAUUUUUCUAG